AUGGAAGCGGUGAGCGCCGCCAGCGCCCUGCAAGCCACGCUGGGCGCCAACAGCAGCAGCAGCAGCAGCAGCGGGCAGAGCGCGGGCAACUCCACCGGCUCGGAAGAGAGCUGGGUGGUGGGCAUGGGCAUCCUCAUGUCCCUGAUAGUGCUGGCCAUCGUCUUCGGCAACGUGCUGGUGAUCACCGCCAUCGCCCGCUUCCAGAGGCUGCAGACGGUCACCAACUAUUUCAUCACGUCGCUGGCUUGCGCGGACCUGCUGAUGGGGCUGGCGGUGGUCCCUUUCGGAGCCAGCCACAUCAUCCAGCUCACGUGGAAGUUCGGGAACUUCUGGUGCGAGUUCUGGACCGCCAUCGACGUGCUGUGCGUGACGGCCAGCAUCGAGACUCUGUGCGUCAUUGCCGUGGACAGGUACUUCGCCAUCACCUCCCCCUUCAAGUACCAAAGCCUCCUGACCAAGAAUAAAGCCAGGAUGGUCAUCCUGUUGGUUUGGGUCAUUUCUAUCCUAACCUCCUUCUUGCCCAUCCAGAUGCACUGGUACAGAGCCACGGACUCCAAGGCCAAAGAGUGCUAUGCCGAUGAGACUUGCUGCGACUUCUUCACCAACAAAGAGUAUGCCAUCACUUCUUCCAUCAUCUCCUUCUACUUGCCCUUGGUAGUCAUGGUCUUUGUCUACGCCAGGGUCUUCCAGGUGGCCCAGAAGCAGCUGAAGAAGAUAGGCAAAUGCGAAGGGAGGUUCCACCAGCAAAGUUCACAGCAGGAACAGCAGGCUGGAAGGGGAAUCCACAGGAGGGCAUCCAAGUUUUGCUUGAGGGAACACAAAGCACUCAAAACCCUGGGCAUUAUCAUGGGCACCUUCACGCUGUGCUGGCUCCCGUUCUUCAUCGUCAACAUUGUGCAUGUCGUCUCGGAGGACGUCAUCCCCAAAUUUGUGUACAUCUUUUUGAACUGGGUGGGAUAUGUCAAUUCGGCCUUCAACCCUUUGAUUUACUGCCGAAGCCCAGACUUCAGGUAUGCUUUCCAGGAGAUCCUUUGCUUCCGGAGGUCUGCCCUGAAAAUGUACGUCAAUGGAUAUUCCAACAGCAAUGGGAAAAACGAUUUCAAUGGGGAUCACAAUGGCUAUCAUAUGGGACAAGAGAAGGCUAGCGAACUGCUGUGCGAAGAAGGAAGCCCCCAUGCUGGGGAAGAGUUUUUGCACUGUAAAGGUACUGUCUUGCAUGGUAGCAUUAACUCCCAGGAGGCCGAACCUAGCACAGGGGACUCCCUCUUGUCGUGAUUGUUGUCAUUGCAGUGCAGAGAAUAGAAUGUAGUGGCUGUCUGGCAGCCGCACUCAAGACAAGGUUUACCCAGAAUGUGGGAGCUGCCCCGUAGUUUAGCAGUCAAUGGAAAUGUUUAAGGAUGGGCAUAUGUGGAUUUGUAUAUGUGCAUAUUAGAGCCCCCUUCUUCCACCGAGGGUUAAGACACUGCAGGGGUUAGCCUACAAAGGAGUUUAUUCUUGUGAUGUAGUGUUACCAAACUCAUCUACCUCACAGGUGUAGGAAUAAUAUUGAACUGAGCUGCUGUUCCUAAAACUGAAAUCCCUACACGCAAGAAGGAAUUUGGUGCUACUGAUGGCUCACCCUUUCGUUGGAAAACAAUAGCUUUAAAGACUGUUUUAAGGCAAGAAGUUAGGGUUGGCUGUAGAGUGCUUAGGAAUCUGUAAAGUCAAGUGUUUACUUUUGUUUUCAGAAUAUUGUCCGUAGUAGUGACCAAGUUUCCUGAACAUGUUCUUCGCUGCAGCAAGCAUUACCUUUGAAAUCCUCACUAAUGUCAGCUGUUUGUUGAUAUUAGCACAAAAAACCCUUUCAAUUCCCCUUCAAUUUAGAUUUGUAUUUAUUUUCUACCCACACAACCCUGAUCUUAUCUCAUUUUCAUUAGCCGGCACUAUUCAAAUGCCAGAUACUUAUGUAGUUGUGAAAGCAGUACCUGGUGUUGCUUUCCAGCGAAACCAGUCCUCCCUCGCUGUUCAUUUAUGAUAAUUUCCCCAAGGCAAUAAUAUGCUGGUGUCCUGCAUUGGGGCUCACUGUUCCCUGUUAGAGUCUUGGCAAAUGGACUGGGUGUCAGCUUAGAUGACAUGGAACCUGUGUGCAUUAAACCUUGUAAAAUCAUUAACCCAAACUUUUUGCUGCCGUUGCCAUAACCCAGAAAGUGACAGCAAGAGACCUAGAAGUGAAAUACCUUUAAGCCUAGUUUGCAUUAGGGUAUAAAGCAGCAUUUCAUUUCUAAGGGCAGAGGAGCUGAAUCACCUGCUGUGCCAAUGAUUUCAUUUGCCCUUCUCUGACUUCUAGCCCAGCAAUGACAGGAAGGUAAAGGUAUUUAUUACUCAGAGCAGUGCUUUGCUGGUUUUGGAUCAACAAGUAGCUAGCAAGCUGUUCUCAUUUAGGAACCCCCCCCCCCACUAACUAGUUAAGUUUAUGGAAUGAUUUUAAAGGCAUUAACCUAUUACAACUAUAAUUAAGGUAGUAAUCACUCCCUUUCCACUAAUUCCACUCUUUCUGUUUGACUAAAGCACAGCCCACAAGAACCCACAGGCAAUGAAUUCUGGGAUAGAUCUGGGAUUGACCUGGCCUAUUAUAGUCCUUCUUCAUUUGUUAAAUUAGUACCCAGUGUGCUUGAUGGUCUACCUCAUCCCUGCCCUGGAGGUGUUUAGGUGAAGUAAAGGGUUUAUGUGGCCAUUUGUAUUUUAGGUUCACUGAGCUGUAUAGCCACUUCCCCUUGCACCAUCAGACAUCUUGCCCCUUUUGGUUCUUUGUAAAGACUGCCUUCCUUUUCUGUUCUGGGCCCGCAAAUCAUUCUGUGCUCUUCUGCAAAACUAAUGAGUGCUGCUGCUUUUGAACAAAAGCUGAAAGUGUGUCGUGACAAAGCUUGUUGCUGUGUCAAUCAAACUCACCCUGUUUCCUGAUCUGAGUAGGGUGUACAACUCUUGUCACUUUUUGAUUCGAAAAAAUAAAAACAUCUCAAACAACGACAACAAAUGACAAACUGUUAGGAUUCUAGAAGCAGGAGAUAAUUCUUGAAAUAUUAUUCUGAAUGUUUUUGCUUUCACAUCUGAACUGAGCUUUACUAAUAAGGCUGAAACUGUUGCUGGGGAUGCACAAUCAUCUCCCUGAGGCUGUCCGACUCAGUUUAGUGGGUAUCUAUCUCUCUCUGUGUGGUGUACACACAUAUUAUGAGUGGGCCAGCAAACAUUGGCCACCUUCCAUGUGAAUUGCUGGAUGUGAGCCUCUUUCGGUUGUAGUAUAUGACACAGUGACCUGUCGUGCAUAACCCAUAGAUGUAGUGAAAUACAGAAUAAUGAAAUGAAAUAAUUGAGAAAGGCAGCAUCUGCAGAAGGUCCCAGCGUCUCCAGGUAGGGCUGGUGAGGAAUCCUGUCUGAAACCAUGGAGUGCCUUUGCCAGUGCUGAGCUAGAUGGACCAAUUUGAUUCAAUAUAAGGCAGCUUCCUAAAAAUCCAUUUGUGUUUCUUCCAUUGGCACAGAGCUCCCUCACCUGGCAACCAAAGCCUAA